UUAUUAUUUUAAUUUUAGUGGGUUUAGCUUCAUCUGUUGAUUAAUACAUUAAUACAUUACUUCUAAUGUAUUUAAUUUUAAAUUUUUCAUUAUGUGUCUUUCUUACGUCAAUAAUUAGUCUAAUUUAGUAAUAGAGAUAAUUAUUGAGUACGAUCUUAACAUGAUGGCAUUACAACGUUUAUUUAAUAAUCUAGCCAUAAGCAAAUUAAAUACUCCAAAAAUACUAUCAAAUUUUGUACCUAGAUGUACAUAUGGUUUAAACAAUGUUGGGAGUGAUGACCCAGAUGUUGAAAUUAUUGAAAAGAAAAUUGUAGAAGAAAAAACUAGUUUAGCUAUGAGAGCAUAUCUUCAAAGAGCUACACAAUACAAUAACUUUAUGGAACAGCAAACACAUGAAUACAAUGUUGGAAAACGUCAUUUAGCUAAUAUGAUGGGCGUUGAUCCAGAAACAUUUACACAAGCAGAUAUUGACGUUGCUAUCGAUUAUUUGUUUCCUUCUGGUUUAUAUGAUCCAAAAGCAAGACCUUUAAUGAAACCCCCAAGUGAAGUAUUUCCACCAAAAAAAGAUGCUGAGUUUGAUGAGUCUGGACGUCCAUUUCAUGUAUUUUUUUAUACUGGAAAACCAAAUUUUUACCUAAUUUUACAUAAUAUUKCUACUAAAUUGUCAGAAUUAAAUAAGUUUGAAGAUAGUUUGAGAAAAAACAAUAUACUUCCAGAUCCUGAUAAAAAACUUACAUCAUUAGGAAGUCAAUGGCUAUCUAAAGAAGAUUUGGAAAAAUUAACCGUUGAAAAACUAUCUGAUCACGAAUACAAAAAUUUUGUAAUUGCAAUUGAGCGUUUGUUAAAACAUCCAUGUUCAUACCAGUCUGGGGAAUUUAUUUCUGAUUAUCAAAAACCAAUGAUAUCUACUAAGGCUAUUAUUGAAUCAGUGCCUGUUGAAUAYACAAAAGAUGGGAGGGCUUUUGUUACUGUUAAAGAUUGCCCUAGAAAAGAUGCUAGAGCUGAUGUCACAGUUUAUUAUCCAGGAACAGGCAAGCUGUCAAUAAAUGGAAAAGGAAUUGAAUUCUUCGAUGAUAUACAAGCCCGGGAACAGAUACUAUUCCCGUUAUUAUUUACGGAUAUGGUUGACAAAGUCGAUAUUCAUGCAACAGUCAGGGGUGGAGGAGUUUCAGGUAAAGCUGGUGCAAUUCGUUUCGGUAUUUCUUGGAGUUUGCGUUCUUUUGUGGACCCUGAAACAGUAGAACGCAUGCGUAUUGCUGGUCUAUUGCAAAAAGACUAUAGGAGAAGAGAAAGGAAAAAGCCUGGUCAAGCAAGAGCUAGAAGGAAGUUUACUUGGAAGAAGCGUUAAAAUCUUAAUUUAUUGCAGUUAUGUAAAUAUAAUAUAAUGAUGAAUUAAAAUAAACUAGAUUUUUCGUAU